AUCAUUAUUAUUUGAUUUUCUCAGAUUUCUCUUACAGCGUUUUUCAGUUACCAUUAUUCUCUCCAAUGGACGAUUCGAACGAGCAUAAAGAAAAUGCCUCACCGUCGUCUCUGAAGGCGAAAAUCAAAUCUUCUCUGUGUUUGUCCUGCUGCCUUCGUAGGCACCGGAACGGCCACCACCACCUUCAACGCCACCAACACCAACGGCGGAUGUCGUUUUCCUCUGAUGGAGAUGUGCCUACUCCGCUCACGAGGUGUUCCUCUGCCAAGGAUAAAUCCAGAUCUCGGGAGAGUCCUGAGUCUAAGACCGAUUGGCGUCCGCAUUUCAUUUCGCGACUUGGCCUCCAUUCUCGCCGUCAUUCUUCUGCUUCCGUCGAUUUUCACUACGAUGCGCUUAGUUAUGCGCUUAAUUUUGAUGAAGGAUACGAUGAAGGACAUGUUGAUGAUGCGUUUCCGCUCAGAAAUUUCUCCUCUAGGUUACCGGCUUCUCCGCCGAAAUCAGAGCCGUCUUCCUCGGAGACGUCGAGGGAGAUGACCACGGCGUAUAGCUAAAUUGCUAAUUGAUUUAUUGGAGGCGUUUUGAGGCUUAAUUCGCGGCCGAUUGUAAAAAUUAUUGCAACGGUACGGUGUGGUUAUACUUAUGAACGACAAGGUUCCAUGGAGCGGAAGCGAUUGAAUGCCAAAGGUAAAUUUCCCCCAAUUUUCGGUGUAUAAAUCGUCUGGAAAUGCGUUUUGGUUUUGCAUAACUUUUUAUUCAUCAAACAACUUAUAUGUAUGCAAUUGCCUGUGUUUAUAUAGCAUAUUCUAAUUUUUCAACAUAA